AAAAAAAAAAAAAAAAAAAAAAAACCCCUUGUUCGCCGUGCCACUGACUUCACACGCGGUACUAGUACUAGUAGUCUAGUAGGCUGAUGGCGUGUGUCUUUCAGAAAUGCCUGGUCUUGGUCUGCCUAAGGCAUCUGGCGUCCAGCCUAUCAAUACCUUACUUUCCGAACCGAGAAGCACGCCUUGUUAACCAAACCACAAUCAUUCAGCGAGAGUCGAGAAUUGGAAGUGUUGAACCGAACCGAAUCGAAUCGCAACGCAGCGAGCGAACUAGUAGUACUAAGCACCAUCCAUCCCCCCCUGCACCUAGUAUUUAGAUUUGACUUCCACCACCAAAACGUCGCCAAAAAGCUUUCCCU